ACUCCCGCUGCUGUGACGUACAGCUUUACGUAACGUUGCCCCGCGAAAACUUCGAAAAAUCGAAAUAGAGGCAGAACCAAAGGCAUCUGGUACCGGUGCACCAUGGUGCAGGAGUUUCACGUCGUCAGGUGUUUUUCCUGUCUGAGCUUCCAGGUCCAUCAGGUGAAGAAGGAGAACAGGUGGACCUGUAAGCUGUGUGGACAGAAACAGUCGCUGCUGAAGGAGUUCGGCCGGGGAUCUGGAGCCGACUGCCGCCGUCACGUCCAGAAACUUAACGCCAUGAGAGGAGCAAUGCUGGAGGAACAGCAACACAACACCUGGUUGCUAUGUGAACAGGAAGAUGGAGAUGAAGAAGAGGGGGAGGAGGAGCCCAGGGACAAGCAGGUGGGAGACACGCAGGUGAGUCGCUGGAGCAAGUACCUGCAUCCUGCUGAGGAGGUGGACCCUGAAGAGGAGGAGCCCAGGGAGAGGGGUAUGAUGGACAGACAGCAUCUCCAUGGCAACAGAUCAAGCUGCAGGAAGAGAAAAAGACCAGAAGAUGAAGGACAAGAUAACAUCUACACACCUGCACAGCCCAGCUGUCCAAAACUCACACAGUCAGCUGCUACCACAAGCACCGGUUUCCAUGACGAUAGAACCACCACUCCUUCCAGCCUCAGCUGUGGGUCCAGACUUCAUCUUCAGGAGGAUCCUUCAGUAUGUGGGUGGAGGGAAACUAAAGGUGAAGCCAUUAAUCAAACCUGCGAUGACAUUACCAGGCCACGCCCAACACUUCCUGUUUGCUCUCUGUUUGAUAGCGGCGAAGAUUUUGACUUUGAGGAUUUUUUGAUACAGGCGGUUUAAAGACCAUUUUUUUUUAAAGUCUGAGCUGUGUUGUAAAUGUAUAAAUAAAGUUUUCAGAGUUUA